AUGACUAUGAGCAAUAAUGAAAUGAUUGCGCUAUUUCCAGACGUCAUUGCUUGUAUGUCAAUUUAUGACAUUGAGAUAAAGAAGAUGUGCUUUCUGUAUUUGUUGACAUAUGCAAAGGCCAAACCGAAGAUUGCAAUUGAGGCCAUUCCCGUUUUGAUUGAUGACCUCACCGAUUCAUCUCCAUUGAUCAGAGCACUUGCUUUAAGGACCAUGUCAGCUAUUCCUGUAAGAGAGUAUUUCGAUACAGCACUCGAGUAUACAAGAGAAUUAUUGCAUGACAAUGAUCCGUAUGUUCGAAAAACAGCAGCUUACAGUGUAGCCAAGCUAUGGAAUGCGGAUCCUAAGGCAGUCGAAAAGAUUGGCCUUAUUGACGAUUUGAACAAAUUGUUGGCCAAUAAUAAUCCCACAGUAGUGGCUGCCUCAUUAGCAGCCUUGAUGGAUAUUACUGAGAAAAGCGAGGGCCUUGAUCUUGCGAUUGAUAGAUCAAAUGCGUUUAAUCUCGCGCAUAUUUUGCCUGAUGUUAAUGAGUGGUCUCAAAUCUAUAUUUUAAAUGCAUUGAUGAACUUUGUGCCCCAAAAACCUGUGGACGCUACUUUAUUGAUUGAACGAGUCAUUCCAAGGUUGCAAUUUGCCAAUUCAUCGGUAGUACUCGGCACAAUUAGAUUGAUUAUUUAUCUCACAAAUUUUGUUCCAAAUUUGUCUACUGCUAUCCCCAAUCUGGACAGGCGAAUAGGCCCAGCUCUGGUCACCCUAUUAUCUAAACCCCCUGAGAUUCAAUACCUAGCAUUGCGUAAUUGCAUAUUAUUGCUACAAUCAAGAAAAUCCCUACUGAACCUAGAUGUAAGGGUGUUUUUUUCAAAAUAUAACGACCCAAUUUAUGUUAAAGCAACGAAAUUAGAAAUAAUUUUCUUGCUUGCAGAUGAAAAUAAUAUCGGCGAAGUGUUACGAGAACUGAGAGAAUGUGCUACAGAAAUAGACGUACAAGUCGCUAGAAAGGCGGUUCGGGCGAUUGGAAAGUUGGCAAUAAAAGUAGAGGCUGCUGCCCAGCCAUGUAUUGAGGCACUUUUGGAGCUUGUUUCCACCAAGAUCUCUUACAUCGUACAGGAAGCAACAGUUGUCAUUAAAAACAUAUUCAGAAGAUACCCUAAUCGAUAUGAAUCAGUGAUCAGUGCUUUGUGCGACAAUUUGGAUUCAUUAGAUGAGCCAGAAGCAAAAUCGGCAAUGAUAUGGAUUAUUGGCCAGUACGCCGAUAGAAUAGAUAAUUCCCAUGAGCUUCUUGAUGGUUUCUUAUCGACAUUCACGGAUGAACCAGUCUCAGUGCAGUUGUCACUUCUCACAGCUGUAGUAAAGCUGUUCAUCCUGAGGCCCACAAAGGGUCAAGGGAUGGUCCCGAAGAUCCUAAAAAUGGCUACAGAGGACUCUGACAAUCCUGAUUUGCGCGACAGAGCCUAUAUGUAUUGGCGACUACUAUCAUCAGAUCCGGCUGGAACCAAGAAAGUAGUCCUUGAUGCGUUUCCCGAGAUUUCAGCGGAUAGUGACCGGAUGGACGAUGAAAGAUUAGAAGAACUUGAACUAGCAAUUGGAACGCUAGCCACUGUCUAUUUAAAACCUGUUAAGCAAGUUUUUAGAACUGCCAAGGUUCGUAAGCUUCCUAUAUCCCCUGCUCUGGCCCCUAGAGAGCAAACUAAAUCUCUUGCGAUUCACAGAUCCCAAUCAUUCGCUGAACAGGAACCACCUAGGCAGCAGGUUCAAAGAGCUGCUACAACCCCUGCUUCUGGUGCUAAUAUAGGAGUUAAUAUUUCCCCAGCUCCAGUUGUUUCUGGUGUUGGACCCAGCACACGAAGUAACCUGGCUGAUAACAUGGGAGCUUUGACAAUCGAUACCACCCCUCAACCUUGGCUGGGAGCUAAUUCGACUGGUUUCGACUCUCCUCUUUCAUCGAAUGCUACACCUACGACCGCAUCAUUCAACUACCCACAAUCUGGAAUAUAUACGAAUGGGAGUUUCAACACCAGUAAUGUAUCACACAUUAACCACAUCAAUCAACAGUCAUCACACCAUCAGGAUCUUAUUCAACUCGAUGAUCCUGUACCUUUAACACCAGGACGAGGAUAUGUGGUCACGCAGAAUGGUCUUUCUGGUGGCAAUCAAGACUUGUUAUGGUAA